AUGCUGCCCGCUGUGCUCCUCCGUCGCCCUGGCCUGGGUCGCCUCGUGCGCCAGGCUCACGCCUACGCCAAGGCCGCGGCCGCCCCAGCCCCCACCGUGGGCCCGGGGCAAAUGUCUUUCACCUUCGCCUCUCCCACACAGGUCUUCUUCAAUGGCGCCAUCGUCCAGCAGGUGGAUGUGCCCACGCAGACAGGAGCCUUCAGUAUCCUGGCAGCCCACGUGCCCACCCUGCAGGUCCUGCAGUCAUUGUUGGUUGUUGUCCAUGCUGAGGAUGGCACCACCUCCAUAUACUUCGUUAGCAGCGGCUCGGGCACAGUGAACGCUGGUUCAUCAGUUCAGUCACUGGCUGAAGAGGCUGUGCCACUGGACAUGCUGGAUUUGGGGGCGGCCAAGGCAAGCUUGGAGAAGGCACAAUCGAGCUGUCGGGGCAUCCGGCGAGGCCAUGAGGGCUGAGAUCCAAAUCCGAACCGAGGCCAACGGAGCCCUGGUGAUGGCUCUGGAGUAGGCGGUGCGUGCUCCUCGCCAGUGUCAGCGGGGAAACCAAGGCCCAGAGUGGGACAGGGGUUGGAACCAGCUCUCAUGAGUCCAGUAUGAGGGUGGGGGCAACCCCUCUGGGAGGUAGCCAUCCUUGCCAAUGAGGCCACCAGGGGGCAGCAAUUGCUAGCUUCUCCCAC